AUGGAGGGUGGCGGCGCGGCCGCCACGGGCACCACAUACGGCCCUGGUGCAGCUCCUCUGAGCUCCGGUGAGGCACCUCCUCGCCCCGUCGCGAUCCUACGCGGCUGUCACGGCCCAUGCGUGCUGGGCGAGGCCCCUCCCGGCACUGGCGCGUCCGUCACGGUAGGUCCUAGGCUAGGCCCUCCCCGCCCCGUCACCAGCCCGUGCGGCCCCGGUGCAUCUGGGAGCUGUAUGUGUCGGCGGGCCCUAUGCCAAGCGGGGCACGGUGGCAGGCCCCUGCAGUGGCGGGGCCCACAUCUCAUCCUCACACUGCUCCUGCUCCACCUAGCAAGGAUCGUCCGCGGGCCGCGGCCAGCAGGCGCCGCUCCUGCCGCCGUUGCGGCGCCGCAGCUCCGAGAAGUCGAGGCGCAGCUCACCAACCUGACCAAGCGCGUCACCAGCAUAAUCUCCGACCGCUCCAGAUUCUGCAUCGCGGACCCGGAGGAGGAUUGGAAUGCGGCAUUCAAUUACACAUUCAACCUCGACUUCCUGCAGCAGUGCCUCGUCGAGACCAGAGGUGAUCUGGUUGGUCGUCUAUGCACACCAGCAGAAGUGAGAUUCUACUUCUCAUGCCUCCAUGAUCAGAAAGGCAUGAACAAUAUCUUCCUGAACACUACUAUAAACUGCAACCAGUCCUCUUGGGUGCAGGGAUGUGAGCCAGGAUGGACUUGCUCAGUUAGUCCAGAUAUUUUACUGAGCAACAUCAACAGCAGCAUGAUUCCACCAAGAACUACCAACUGUCAACAGUGUUGUAAGGGUUUCUUCUGCCCCCGUGGUCUUACUUGCAUGCUGCCUUGUCCACUGGGCUCAUACUGUCCACAUGCCAAAUUGAACAUAACCACUGGUCUUUGCGAUCCAUACAAGUAUCAGUUCACCCCAAACUCAAGAAAUGCCUGCGGUGGCGCUGACAUGUGGGCUGAUUAUAAGAGGACAGAAGAUGUAUUCUGUCCAGCAGGUUACUACUGCCCAACGGCAACAUCCAAAAAGUCCUGUAGCAGCGGGCACUAUUGCAGGUUGGGUUCCACCACUGAAGAUAAAUGCAUAAUAAAAGACUUCUGUAAAGAGAACACAAAAAAUGAGAGCAUAUUUGUGCUUGGUGCUUGCUUGGUGGGUGCAUUGAGUGUGGUGCUUUUGAUCAUAUAUAACUUCUCAGAUCAGUUCCUCACAAUCCGUGAACGGAGAAAAACAAGAUCGAGGGACAAAGCCAUUAAGAUGGCUAGGCAGCAGAUCAGAGCACAAAAGCACUGGAAGGUGGCAAAACAGCCAUUGAAGAGUCAUGUAAACGGAAGCCAGAGUCAUGUUCCUCACACGUUAGGGUCCUUUGCUCAACAUGCUGAUAGAGAGGACUCUACCCAUAGAAUGGAAGAGACACCAAUGGUUCCACUGAAGGCACAGGAACUAUCACUGAAGGCACAGGAACUAUCAGAAGCUUCAGUGUUUGAGAGUGAAGGCACGAACGAGAUAUCUGAAUCUGCUUCGUCAGUUGUGGUGAUUUCGGGUGGUGGUGGGGAAACUGCUGUUACCAAGAACAAAUGUGCGCUGAAAGGAAAGUACAGAUCAACAGUCUCACAAAGAUUCAAGUACGCAUAUGUGAGUAUUGAGAAGGAGAAGAUCGAGGAGCAAGAAAACAAGAACCUUUCCUCCAGUAGUGUCAUUACUACGGUGAGUGAACAGAAUGAGAUAUCUAGGCCUUUGCUUAAAGUUGAGUUCAAGGACCUUACCCUGACACUAGGGAAAAACAAGCUACUGAGAUCUAUCACAGGGGAGCUCCAGCCUGGCCAUGUUACCGCUGUCAUGGGCCCCUCAGGUGCUGGCAAAACCACAUUCCUCAAUGCCAUUGCUGGGAAGGUAGCUGGCUAUAAGAUUAACGGUUCGAUCCGUGUUAAUGGAAAGUAUGACAAAAUCCGCUCUUAUAAGAAGAUUAUUGGCUUUGUGCCACAAGGUGAUAUUGUUCAUGGAAACUUAACAGUGGAGGAAAAUCUUUGGUUCAGUGCAAAAUGCAGGCUAUGCACGCAAAUGCCACAAUGCGACAAGGUCCUCACUGUUGUAAGGGUAAUAGAUUCCUUGGGCCUUGAGACAAUUAAGAAUUCAUUGGUUGGGACAGUUGAAAAACGUGGGAUAUCUGGGUGGCAGAGAAAGCGUGUUAAUGUAGGAAUUGAGAUGGUCAUGAAGCCGUCCCUUCUUAUGCUGGAUGAGCCUACCUCUGGCCUCGACAGCUCUUCAUCGCAACUCCUUCUAAAAGCUCUUCGCCAUGGGGCUCUUGAGGGCACAAACAUUUGCACUGUUAUUCACCAACCAAGCUAUACAUUGUACAGUAUGUUUGAUGAUUUGAUACUUUUGGCAAAAGGAGGUCUAAUAGUUUACUGUGGUCCUGUCAACACGAUUGAGGAGUAUUUCAAAACUCUUGAGAUUCAUGUUCCUGACUGUGUAAAUCCGCCAGAUCACUACAUUGACAUUCUCGAAGGAAUUGUAGAGUCCGACUCAGGCAUCAAAGCGAAGCAUCUUCCUCUGCAUUGGAUGUUGUACAAUGGCUAUGAGGUGCCAAAUGACAUGAAAAAUGAUAUGGAGACAAUGCAUGACGGAAACAGGACAUCAUUGCCUAGAUCAAUGCCCAAUCAACUUCCCAACAUCAGAAAUACAUAUGUGGGAGAGCAAGGCCAGCUCCAGUGUGACUUAUCAAGACCUAAGGAUCUGUUAGGAAGGACACCAGGGAUUCUGAUUCAAUACAAGUACUUUCUGGGCAGGGUCAUGAAACAGAGUUUGCGCGAAGCUGGCCUGCUUGCGGUUGAUUUCCUAAUACUAUGUUUGGCUGGAAUAUGCCUUGGGAUACUUGCAAAGUUCAGUGACCCGACAUUUGGGAUGCCUGGAUAUAUUUACACCAUAAUUGCAGUCUCACUGAGGUCAAAUUCACUGGAAAGGUUGCAGUACAAAAGGGAGAGAGAAUCUGGGAUGAGCUCUUUUGCAUAUUUCCUUGCCAGGGACACCAUUGACCAUUUUAACACAGUUAUGAAGCCGGUUGUUUACCUCUCCAUGUUCUACUACUUCAGCAAUCCAAGGUCAACGAUGGCUGAUGACUACACAGUGUUAUUAGCACUUGUGUACUGUGUGACCGGGAUUGGUUAUACUUUGGCUUUCUGCUUCAAUCCUGCUUUAAUUAUCAUUCCUAUUCCUAUUCUGGCUUCUUUCAUGAAUUGUAUUCUAUGA